GUGCCGGCGAGUCUGGGAAGAGCACCAUUGUCAAACAGAUGAAGAUCAUCCAUGAGGAUGGCUACUCAGAGGAGGAGUGCCGGCAGUACAAAGCUGUGGUCUACAGCAACACCAUCCAGUCCAUCAUGGCCAUCAUCAAGGCCAUGGGGAACCUGCAGAUUGACUUUGGAGACUCCUCCAGAGCGGAUGAUGCUCGGCAGCUGUUUGCGCUCUCCUGCACCGCUGAGGAGCAGGGCAUCAUGCCGGAGGACCUGGCCAAUGUCAUCCGGAGGCUGUGGGCUGACAAUGGGGUCCAGGCCUGUUUCAACCGCUCCCGAGAGUACCAGCUGAACGACUCUGCUGCCUACUACCUGAAUGACCUGGAGAGGAUAGCCCGUGCCGACUACAUCCCCACCCAGCAGGAUGUGCUGCGCACCAGGGUGAAGACCACUGGCAUCGUAGAGACCCACUUCACCUUCAAGGACCUGCACUUCAAGAUGUUUGACGUGGGUGGCCAGCGCUCGGAGCGGAAGAAGUGGAUCCACUGCUUCGAGGGGGUGACUGCUAUCAUUUUCUGUGUGGCCCUGAGCGCCUAUGACCUGGUCCUGGCUGAAGAUGAGGAGAUGAACCGGAUGCACGAGAGCAUGAAGCUGUUUGACAGCAUCUGCAAUAACAAGUGGUUCACAGACACAUCCAUCAUCCUUUUCCUCAACAAGAAGGACCUCUUUGAGGAGAAGAUCGUGCACAGCUCCCUCACCAUCUGCUUCCCCGAGUACACAGGGGCCAACAAGUAUGACGAGGCAGCCAGCUACAUCCAGAGCAAGUUUGAGGACCUGAACAAGCGGAAGGACACCAAGGAGAUCUACACCCACUUCACCUGCGCCACCGACACCAAGAACGUGCAGUUCGUCUUUGACGCCGUCACCGACGUCAUCAUCAAAAACAACCUGAAGGACUGUGGGCUCUUCUGAGUGUGGCGCUGCCCAGGACCCCCAAAGGAAGGACCACGCCACCCCCCACUCCUGCUUCUCUUUGGAUUCAUCCCUCCGUCCCCACCCCAUAAAGAGACUUUUUGGGUGCCAGCACAGUGGCAGGGCUCAUGUCCCUCCUGCCACCCGCGCUUGCCCCCCACCAUUGUCCUCCUCCUCCUCCUCGCCGGCGUCGCCCUUCCCAGGGAAGACAAGGUUUUAAUCUUGGUUUGUAACCCCUGAACCGCUCCAGCCCCCACUUCAUUCACUCCGAGCCCUGGUGCUCUUCUCACUGUUUACAUUGCAAGUGUUGCUGGCAUGGGGGGCACAGGGUCCCCUCGGGGAUGCCCACCUGGCCACAAACACGACCGAUGACAUUCCUUUUAGUAAACCAGAAAAGAAAGAAGAAGAAGAAAAAAAAAAAAGGAAAAGAAAAAACAACCCAAACCCAAAACCAUGCAAAAAAAACCACACCACACCGGUUGGGGCCAGGUUGCUUUUUAAAGAAACCUUUUUACCAAACUAUUUAAAAGCAUCAAGUGCUACGUGGUGGCGGCGUCCUCCGUGGCCAGCCCACCCCCCAACCGUGUGCCUUGGGGGGGAGGGUCUGCACCCCACCCCGCCUCGCUGCCCCCAUCCCAACGGGCAGCCUGGGCAGGAGGGUGGGCAGGGGGUGCUGCCCGCUGCCUCUAUCCCCCCCCCCUCUUUCUAAGCCUAGUUUUUAGGUCUAGCCGUUGCGUUGGGCGAGGAGAGCCCGCUGUACAGAGCGGCCCCCGCUGUCCCCCCCCAGCCCAGGGGGGACCCUUCAGCCGGUGCCUGCGGCCUCGCUUUUCCCACAGGAUGUUUUUCCGAAUUGUUCACACGGUUUGAAAUAAUAAAA